UACAACAGCAGCCAAGGACAAGGAGCAUCAGCAGAGAGAGGAAACAGAGGAGAGAGAAAGGUGCCUCCUCUUGCCAUUGCGAUCACUGUAUCGGUGUUGAAUCCAUGUCGGUGUGCAUGCUGCUCUAAUAGGAGGCUUUAGGAGUGGCGGGGAAGCGUUGGAUUUAACUUCACACACGGACAAAUCUAUGCUUGGAUUUCGGCUCUUUUUUCCUUCGCCAAUGCAAAAGGAAAUAUGCAGCGAAGCUUCACCAUUCUCUACACCAGUUUACUGGGGCUGUGCUUUGCAUCAAGCUCAAGUUUUCCAAGUAACAUCAAUAUAGGAGGAUUGUUCCCAACCGAAUCACACGAAUAUGAGGUUUUUCGGUUCGCCCUCUCUCACCACCAGGACAUCCCCAAACUGGUGCCGCAGGUGGAUAUGGUCUUGUUGGGGAAUAGCUUCUCCAUGACAUAUGCCUUUUGCUCCCAGUUCUCCAAAGGUGUGUACGCCAUCAUCGGCCUGUAUGACAGGAAGACGGUCAACAUGCUCAUGUCCUUCUGCGGAGCACUGCACGUCUGCUUCGUCACGCCGUCGUUCCCCAUCGAGACGGCCAACCAGUUUGUCAUCCAGCUGAGGCCCGAGCUCCAGGACGCUCUGGUGGGAGUGAUCGACCACUACGGGUGGAACAAGUUUGUCUACAUGUACAGUUCAGACUCAGGACUGUCUGUGCUGCAGAAGGUUCUGGACACAGCAGCGGAGAGGAACUGGCUUGUGACCUCGGUCAAUGUGGAGACCAUGACAGAGGCCUCCUUUUUGAAAGUUUUCCAGGAUUUGGACAAGAGGAAGGAGGGCCAGAUUAUCAUCGAUUGUGAAACCGAGAGGCUCACUGGCAUCCUCAAAGAGAUCGUCGAACAAGGCAAGAAUGCAAAGAGCUACCACUACAUCCUGGCUAACCUGGGUUUCCUGGACAUCGACCUGACUGACCUGAGGAAAGGCGGGGCGAAUAUCACAGGCUUCCAGCUGGUCAACAACUCCGAGCCCACCAUCAGCCGUGUGGUCCAGCAGUGGCAGGAGUUUGACAACAAAGACUCCAAAAUGCGCAAGAGUGGACUCAAAUACACGGGCGCUCUAACAUAUGACGGCGUGAAAGUCAUGUCCACGGCCUUCCAGAACCUGCGGAGACAGAGGAUAGACAUCUCUCGCCGGGGCAACGCUGGAGAGUGUCUUGCCAACCCACCAGCUCCCUGGGGACAGGGCAUAGACAUCCAGAGAGCCUUGCAGCAGGUGCGUAUAGAUGGAUUGACCGGUCACAUUCAGUUCAAUGAGAAAGGCCGCAGAACCAACUACACUGUUAGCGUCAUGGAACUGGCCCCCUCUGGACCAAAGAAGGUUGGCUACUGGAAUGAAGAUGAGAAGUAUGUGACUACCGCCAGCUUUGUGAGAGGCAGCAACGAAACGUACGGCCUGCAGAACAGGACUUACAUAGUCACCACGAUCCUGGAGUCUCCGUAUGUGAUGAUGAAGAAGAACCAUGAGCAGCUUGUGGGGAAUGACAAAUAUGAGGGCUACAUUGUGGAGCUGGCUGCAGAGAUAGCCAAACAUGUCGGCUACCAGUACAAACUGAAGGUGGUUUCAGAUGGCAAAUAUGGAGCAAGAGACCCAGAGAAUAAGAUGUGGAACGGCAUGGUGGGAGAACUGGUGUAUGGGAAAGCAGACGUGGCUGUGGCCCCUCUGACCAUCACCCUGGUGCGUGAAGAAGUGAUCGACUUCUCUAAGCCCUUCAUGUCCCUUGGCAUCUCCAUCAUGAUCAAGAAACCCACCAAAUCCAAACCUGGCGUGUUUUCCUUCCUGGACCCGCUAGCUUACGAGAUCUGGAUGUGCAUUGUGUUUGCCUACAUCGGCGUGAGCGUGGUUCUGUUCCUUGUCAGUCGGUUCAGCCCGUACGAGUGGCACGCUGAGGACUACGAGGAGGGCGCUGAGCCGCAGUCGCCCACCCAAGCUUCAGCCAACGGGGUGCAGCAGGGCCAGGCCCCCCCGCAACAGAACAACCAGCAGAGUCUAGAGCAGACCAAUGAGUUUGGCAUUUUCAACUCCCUUUGGUUCUCACUGGGGGCCUUCAUGCAGCAGGGCUGCGAUAUCUCACCACGCUCUCUGUCGGGCCGCAUUGUUGGAGGCGUGUGGUGGUUCUUCACCCUCAUCAUCAUCUCCUCCUAUACUGCCAACUUGGCUGCCUUUCUGACAGUGGAGAGGAUGGUGUCUCCUAUAGAGAGCGCUGAGGAUUUGGCCAAGCAGACGGAGAUCGCCUAUGGAACGCUGGAUGCCGGCUCCACCAAAGAAUUCUUCAGGAGGUCGAAGAUCGCCGUGUUUGAGAAGAUGUGGUCGUACAUGAAGUCGGCCGACCCGCCUGUGUUUGUCAAGACGACAGACGAGGGCGUGAUGAGAGUCAGGAAGUCUAAGGGCAAGUAUGCCUACCUGUUGGAGUCCACAAUGAACGAGUACAUAGAGCAGAGGAAACCGUGCGACACUAUGAAGGUGGGAGGAAACCUUGACUCUAAAGGUUAUGGCAUCGCCACACCAAAGGGCUCCCCUCUCAGAAUCCCAGUAAACCUAGCGGUGUUGAAAUUCAAUGAGCAAGCCGUCUUAGACAAACUGAAAAACAAAUGGUGGUACGAUAAAGGGGAGUGUGGCAGCAAGGACUCCGGAAGAAAGGACAAGACAAGCGCUCUGAGCCUCAGCAAUGUGGCGGGGGUCUUCUACAUCCUGAUCGGCGGCCUGGGCCUGGCCAUGCUGGUGGCGCUGGUGGAGUUCUGCUACAAGUCCAGGACCGAGUCGCGCCGAAUGAAGCAAUCCAUCAACGACGCCAUGCGCUGCUCCACCCUGACCCGAAUGAGUGGCAACGGAAGCGGCGGAGAGAACGGACGAAUCCUCACCCACGACUUCCCCAAGACCGUUCAGACGCUGCCCUGUAUGAGCCACACCGCCAGCAUGGGACUGGGUGCCUCCGGCAUGUGAUCCUCACAUGACUGUGCUGGCGGCGAGGAAUAGGCAGGGUGAGGCAGAACAAGAGCACAAGACUCUAAAUCUCAAAAAUCAUGGCUGUUUGGUUUGACCCAUCUUUCCUCCAGGCUGUCAACAUGCCCGACUUGAACAAGACUUUACCUACUGCCAAAAUGCACUCUCGAACCGCUCAUUACAAAACUGAGACUCGCAACAUUUUUUUUAAUAAGUGGAUGUUUGAAAAAACAGACACUGAGGAAAAAAAAAAAGGGAUUUGUGCUGCAAUAAAGAAGCCGUCAACGGGGCGUGUUUUUGGAAUUUUUUACAGUGUUAAUUUUUGUGGUAAGAAAAUAACUUUAUUGUUUAGUGUGACGCCU